GCACCACGGAUCGUUCUUUUCGUUAGUAUUUGGUGGAAGACUAUGGGUAAGCCAAGAGGUUUAAGGACCGCUCGUAAACUCCGAAACCACCGCCGAGACCAAAGAUGGCAUGACAAGGGAUACAAGAAAGCGCAUUUAGGAACAGCACUGAAGGCUAACCCUUUUGGUGGUGCCUCCCAUGCCAAGGGAAUUGUUCUCGAGAAAGUGGGAGUGGAAGCUAAGCAGCCAAACUCUGCUAUUCGAAAGUGUGUUAGAGUACAGCUCAUUAAAAAUGGAAAGAAGAUCACUGCCUUUGUGCCAAAUGAUGGCUGCCUUAAUUUCAUUGAAGAAAACGAUGAAGUUUUAAUCUCUGGUUUUGGCAGAAGAGGUCAUGCUGUGGGUGAUAUUCCUGGUGUGAGGUUCAAGGUUGUAAAGGUUGCUAAUGUUUCACUUCUUGCUCUUUUUAAAGAGAAGAAGGAACGACCUCGAUCCUAAAUGGUGCUGUAAUGAUAAUAAAAAAGUGAAUUGCUCCA